AUGGGAAGCAACCUAGCAUCAACUAGCUCUUUAUCCGAUCAGGUUACUGGUCGAAGUGCUCGCUUACCUCCUCCACCACCUAGCAUUAGGUUGGGAGAAGGAGUAUCCAAUCCGUCCGGGGGCAGAACAUCAGCUCCGGCAUUUCAGGCCAGAAACCUAAACACGAACCCGGAUGAAAGGACAGAUGCUGAUCCUUCAGCUCGCCACACAAACCCGACUCGUCAAAAUAACCCAAGGGCCCGUGGAAUUGCCAGUUCUUACGUAAGAGAUACCCAAAAAAUUAAGAUCCCCGAAUACAACGGGACCUCGGACCAGAAGGGCUACCUAAGAGCCUUCCGGCGAGCUAUCGUGAAGGCUCACAUCACGAAAGAAGAAUGCGAUGCAGGUUACUGCAAGACAUUCGUCGAAAACCUGGUCGAAACAGCCCUCGAAUGGUUCUCUGGUCUUGAACCAAAUUCGAUAGACAGUUUCGACCAGUUAAGUAAUGCCUUCAUGAAAGCCUCCAGAUAUGUUAACCUGGAAGAGGAAACAGCUGCACUGGAUAAACUCCACAAAAAAUCCCAGAGUCAUUCGAAAAACGAAACCUCGGAAGCAAGAGGACCUCAUAAAAAGGAGAACUCUCGAAAUAAUCAGACCCAGGGGGAACACUCCUAUGCAAUCGAGGAAGAUAAGGAAGGAAAACAUGUCGCCGCAGCAAAUAAAACCCCUUGGUCAAAAGGACAUGAUGAGAACAAACAUUACUCUUACCAUGAUCGGAAAGGGCACGCAACCGAGGAAUGUUGGGAACUCCAACGACAACUGGCAGUUAAAUUUGCUGCCGGAGAAAUAAAGGGCUUGGACCUCAAGAAACCACAGCCCUACCAGAAAAGAGGUCCCAGAGAUACCUCACCGAAACGAGAAAGGUCUCCUGAAAAAGAGACCGAUUCACCACUCCCAGCUCCUAAGAAAAGAGUCGACAUGGUCCUCGGGAAGCUCCCCCAAGGAAAAAGCCUACAAGUUGAGGCCCUCCUGAGCAAACCGCUACCUCAAUCGAGCCCCAGCUCAAGGGUAGACUACAUCCUCGGAGGAUCCAAUAUGUGUCAAGACUCCGUUAAUUCUAUUAAAACUCAUGUACGGAAGGUUGUGUCUAACACUCAAUCCAAGCCUCCUAACCCCGAGUCGAACACUAAGAUCUCCUUUUGGGAAAGUGAGACGUCAAACCUUGACAGACCUCACGACGAUGCCCUAAUCGUCACCUUGAACAUCGCAGGGUACGAAGUACCCAAGCUCAUGGGUGGUAAGAGUCGGAGCAAGUCCAAGAGGACUAAGGAUGGAGCUGGAGCAUCUGGCCCAGGUGGCGCGGAUGGAACCAAUCCAAGUGUGGUGCUGCCCAAUCCAAGCGUUGGCAUGGACAGUACAACUGGAUUGCCUCUGGCUCGGAUCAAUCCGACUGAGGUUCAUGGAGGUCUAGUGGAACAGCAGCAAAAGGCGGCUGAGGAGACUAGGCAGCAGCUGGAGCAAGCUGAACUAGCUAGACAGCUGCAAGAGCAAGCUGAGGAAGCUGCAAGGCAGCUACAAGAUGACAUGGAGGCUGAGGGAGAGUCCUCACAUGCUGGUGAUCAGGGCGGCCGAGGCAUUGGUGCAGCCAAUGGUGGAGCUAACCAAGGAAACCAGCUGGUGGAACCUAGCAUGAAGGAGGUGCUUGAUGCAAUCAGGCUCAUGGGUAGUCAGAUGCUGGCUAUGACCCAAGUGAUCACUCCAUUGGUGAAUUCAUCCGUGGGACAAGCUCCACAAGUUCAGAAGGUUGGUAAGGUGGAUUAUCUGAAGGUGCUAGAGCACAUAUCUCGCCUAGGGACAAAGCAUUUUGCUGGAAGUGCAAACCCUAUGGAGGCGGAUGAAUGGAGGGACAGGCUGGCCCGGAACUUCAAGUCUACAAGGUGCCCUGAGGAGUACCAAAGAGACAUAGCAGUGCACUUCCUGGAGGGAGAUGCACACAACUGGUGGCUGUCUGUGGACAAGCGCACCAAUGGUUCUAUUGAGAAGUUCUCUGACUUUGAGGUUGAGUUCAACCACAAGUACUUCCCAGCUGAAGCAUGGGAUCGUUUGGAGGCCAAGAAGUAUGUGGGUAAGGAGUUGGAGGAUGAGAAGGUUCAGGUCCGCAGGUUCAUAAGAGGCCUUAGGGUCGAAAGGCCAGGCUCAAGACUAGGAGUCAGGCAAGUGGUACUGGUCAUGCUGGUGACCGGAAGAGGAAGAGAGACUCAGGUGAUGAGGGUAGGACCUCAGGUGGAAGGCCGGAGUGCCAAAAGUGUGGAAGGCGCCAUGGUGAAGGGUUUGUUCCAGAUUGGGACAGGGGAUGAUCCUGGCCUAGUGAGUGCGGCUGGAGGCCAAUUGAUGCCCUCAUUAGGACGAGUGAAGGAUAUCCCAGUGGUGAUCCAGGACAGGGUAAUGCCUGUGGAUCUUGUUGUGGUCCAACUCAAGAAUCAUGAGGUGAUCUUGGGUAUGGAUUGGCUUGGAAAGAAUCGGGCCACCUUAGACUGUCACCGGGGGAGGGUGCUGUUUGAGAGUGGGUGUGGACCCCCGAUCAGGUUCCAAGGUAUUCGUCCAACCUCUGGAUGCUUAGUGGUAUCAGCAGUCCAAGCGGAAAGGAUGCUUGAGCGGGGUUGUGAGGCUUAUAUUGCCACAAUCACCACUAAGGAGGUUGUUGGGGGUGGUAACCCGGACGGGAUUCCGCUGGUCAGUGAGUUUGAGGAUGUGUUUAGGUCUCCACAGGGCAUUCCCCCUGAUAGGUCAGACCCAUUCAUAAUAGAACUGGAACCAGGGACGGCCCCAAUGUCAAAAAGUCCCUACCGCAUGGCUCCUGCCGAGAUGGCCGAGCUAAAGAAACAACUAGAGGAGUUGUUGGAUAAGGGUUUCAUACGCCCUAGUGUGUCGCCUUGGGGAGCACCAGUCCUCUUUGUGAAGAAGAAGGAUGGUAGCUUUAGGCUGUGUAUUGACUAUCGAGGGCUCAAUAGGGUUACUGUCAAGAACAAGUACCCAUUGCCUCGGAUAGAUGAGCUGUUGGAUCAGCUUAAGGGAGCAAAGUGGUUCUCCAAGAUUGACUUGGCUUCAGGGUAUCAUCAGAUCCCAAUUGAACCAAGUGAUAUAAAGAAGACUGCAUUCAGAACCAGGUAUGGCCACUAUGAGUUUGUGGUUAUGCCAUUUGGUCUGACCAAUGCACCAGCAGCAUUCAUGAAGAUGAUGAAUGGUACCUUCCGAGACUUCCUGGAUGAAUUUGUAAUCAUCUUUAUAGAUGACAUACUUGUAUACUCCAAGAGCAAGGAGGAUCAUGAGAGGCAUCUCCGGGCUGUACUGGGAAGGUUGAGAGAGCAGCAGCUCUUUGCUAAGUUAAGCAAGUGUAGCUUCUGGCAAAAGAGCAUUGGCUUCCUUGGACACAUUGUGUCAAGUGAAGGUGUGUCUGUUGAUCCGGAGAAGGUAGUGGCCAUAAAGGCAUGGCCUCAGCCUAAGAAUGCCACAGAAGUCAGAAGCUUCUUAGGGCUGGCCGGCUACUACAGGAAGUUUGUGAAGGGCUUUGCUAGCUUGGCACAGCCUAUGACUCAGUUGACAGGAAAGGAUGUGAAGUUUGUAUGGUCAGAGGAGUGUGAGAGAAGUUUCUCUGCACUUAAGGACAUGCUUACAAGUGCACCAGUCCUUGUCCUGCCUGAGGAGGACCAACCAUAUGUGGUGUACACAGACGCCUCCAUUACUGGAUUAGGAUGUGUACUGACCCAACAUGGGAAGGUCAUUGCAUACGCCUCAAGGCAAUUGAGGAAGCAUGAGGGUAAUUACCCCACACAUGACCUAGAGAUGGCAGCUGUGGUGUUUGCCCUGAAGAUUUGGAGAUCAUAUCUUUAUGGUGCCAAGGUUCAGAUACUUACAGACCAUAAGAGUCUGAAGUAUAUCUUCACUCAGCCUGAGUUGAACUUAAGGCAAAGGAGGUGGAUGGAGUUUGUGGCAGAUUAUGAUCUGGACAUAACUUACUAUCCAGGAAAGGCCAACUUAGUGGCUGAUGCUUUGAGCCGGAGAAGGGCUGAGGUUUCAGCUGAAAAGGAGGCUGAUAUAUUGGAAGGGAUGGUCCGGUCACUCAACCUUAACACACUGGCUAGUGCUGAUGAACCAUUGGGGUUAGAGGCAGUGGAUCAGGCCGAUCUCCUUACCCGGAUUUGUGCAGCUCAGAAGCUGGAUGAGAACCUUCAGAAGAUGUACAGAGAUUUGAAGAGGUAUUACCAUUGGGUGCGCAUGAAGACUGAUGUGGCCGAGUGGGUGGCAAAGUGUCCCAUUUGCCAAUUGGUCAAGGCGGAGCACCAAGUGCCCAGUGGACUACUCCAAAGUUUACCCAUUCCGGAAUGGAAGUGGGAUCACAUUACCAUGGAUUUUGUGACUGGUUUCCCUACGACCAGGAACAAGAAAGAUGCUGUUUGGGUGGUGGUCGAUAGGCUAACCAAGUCGGCUCACUUCUUGGCAAUCAAGAAGGGGGAUGGUGUGGAUGAGAUUGUGCAGAUUUACAUCAAUGAAAUAGUGAGGUUUCAUGGUGUACCUGCAAGUAUUAAGAUGAAGGAAGCUCAGGAUAGACAGAAGAGCUAUGCGGACAAGAGGAGGAAGCAUCUUGAGUUUGAGGUGGGUGACCUAGUGUACCUCAAGAUGAUUACCUUCAGAGGCAGGACCAGGGUUUCUGGAAGAAGGAAACUGGAUCCUAGAUACUUGGGUCCAUUCAGGAUCACAGAGAGAGUGGGCGCAGUGGCAUACAAGUUGGAUUUGCCAUCAGCAAUGGAUGCAUACCACAAUGUGUUCCAUGUGUCCCAACUAAGGAAGUGUCUAUCCGAGCAGGAUGUGGUGUUGCCUGAGAUUCCCAAAGAUCUUGGUAAGAACCUGACCUUAGAGACAAGGCCGGUUCGAAUCAUAGAUAGGGCAGAGAAGGCAACAAGGAAGAAGACAGUACCUAUGAUCAAGGUAGUGUGGGAGAGUAAUGGCAAAGACAUUAUCACCUGGGAAACCGAGGCAAGAAUGAAGGCUGAGUAUCCUGAGUGGUAUGAUCAGUAUGUGAGUAAGGAUGCACUUGACUUUUGUGAUGACGAGGAACCAGUGGAGUUUGGUGGAGUUAAGGUUUGCCAGUCUGGUCUUCCCUUCGGAAAUGGCAACAAAACUCCUUUAAUGGUGUUUCUUUCUCUGAAGAUUAACCCUGGACGGAACUACAUGCCGGUUUCGAAUAUGCCGACGAAGUUAUAG